UCGUCGGCAAUAUUUUGGACUGAGAAUAUUUCAGACGGACAAUGACUCUAAAUUAUAAUUAUUUAACUAAAUUAUGAACAUUCAUAACAAUUAAAAUACACAAUGGCCCUAACUGGGUUUAGAAAGAUAGAAAAUGAAGCAGGUUACCCGUGUUAUAUCGAUGAAGCAACUGGAAGGCAGCAAAAUGACCAUCCAGAGCUCUGUAAGAUUAUGGAAUCUUUGGAGGAGUACAACGGGAUUAAAUACAGCGCAUAUCGUAUCGCCUUCAAGGUGUUUGCCCUGCAGAGACAGCUUAGGGUUCCAGCCCUUCGCAUCAGUUCCGGAGUGUUUGCCCGCCAUCAGCUAAGCUUAUCAGAGACCAGCUUAUCGCUGGACACAGGGGAACUGGAGGCAGUUCUGGCCGACAUUUACUUUGCUGCGGAGAAGGAAGGCCUGUUUACAGGGGACGUUGACUUGGCAGUCGACUUGUUGAUCAAUCUACUGCUUAAUGUGUAUGACAAAGACAGAAAAGAGCCAAUCAGAGUGCUAGCCGCUAAGACUUUACUUAUCAUCCUAAGUGAGGAAUCGGUGUCAGACAAAUGGGCAGCCUUGGCCAACUGCUGUGCGGACCACAAUGGAUGCGUUUCCCCGAAACGGCUGGCAGCCCUGCUGUCGAAUGUGGCAGCUCUUCCAGAGUUACUGGGUGACCCAUGCGAGCAGAUACAGAGUGAUAUUGAUAGUUGCUUUGAUAAGAGUGCUGGUAUGCUGGGCGCGCCGGCGCGGACAGUAGCGACGUGGGGCGCGUCGUGCGCGCGCGCCGGCUGGCUCGCCGUGAGCGCGCGCGUGCGCGCCAGCAGGAACAGCUCCUGCGUCAGCGCUGCGUGCGCCAAGUGCCAGGAGCCACUCAUACAGGUUCUAAAGUUCAAAUGCUCAAAAUGCUGUGACACGUACUUCUGCGAAAAGUGCUACCUGUACGACAAGGACUUGACGACGGUCAGCGGACACAAGAAUACCCAUUUAGUGCACGAGAUUAUCGAUGGAGAGACCAAACCCCAAGAAUGUCUAAGUUUCAUCAAAACCAUGCGACGAUUCUUCUUCUGCACGAAAACUAAAAAGAAACCCAAAAAGAAGACCACAAAGAAAGCCACCAGCAUGACGAAAGAGAAGGAGAUAGUUAAGAAAGAGAGGCCCACUAUGUUCACGUCGACAGUGGGCAAGGCGUCGGGCCAUGUGAAAAAUAACCCGGCGAGUAUGCUGCAGGAUAUUAUAGUGCAACUAGAAACCCAGAAUAAAGCGCUAGAAGAGCUAUCGAAUCAGUUACAGGAUGCAAAGGAUCCAGAAGAGGGGCUGAGAGUGAAGGUGGACGCGCACUGGAGCCAGAUAUCCAAGCAAAUAAAUAGGUUGAAAAUACUAAAGGAAAACCUCUCAGCCAACACGACACUACCAACCACAGAUCCUGAGCACCCUCAAGCCUUCGAUCUCUUCAGCCCCAUCCCAACUUUAGAACAGAGUGACAAACGCUCCAAACUGUCCCAGCCUCCAAGAGUACUCAGCCUGGACUCCGGAAACUUCUCCGUGAUGUCCAAACAGGAGCCACUAGUGACGGUGUCCGGAGAUGCCUUAAAACCUGUACUAGUGCACAAGUCGGAUAGUAUAUCUACAGUUUCUAUGAGGGAUAUCAGCAGUUGGUAUAAUGAAACUGAGCAUGCAAGCAAGCAAAUCACCCUACCUAACCAAGCCGACUGCACAUCCCAGUCCAUAUCAGCCACAGAACAGAAAUACGCGGCUGACAUACGCUCAGUAGAAACCAGUAAUGAUAAGAUGAAGGAACUCAAUGCUGAUCUGGACACUGUACUGGACCGGUUACAACAGAUUUUGACCAACAACUUCGCUAUGGAUGAAUCGUCGUUCGAUAACAACCAACUGCGUGAGACCGCGAACGAGAUGGAAGGCUUGCUCGGGACGCUGAUCCGAGGCGUGGAACAGAGGGCUACGUUCAACGCCACUAAGGGGUUAGUCUAGCUCUAACUAUAGCGGCAUUUAAACGGGGCACAUGUGUCCGGCAACUAUUGGUGUCCCUCUCUUACUCACAUGUUGGAAGAAAGACAAAUAUUGCUGUGAAAAUAUGAUUGGUUUAGAAGCCAAUUUUAUGGUAAGUUGACGAUUUAUGACAAUAUUUGCAUUGUAUGUAGCUAUUGUGUAUACGGAAACAGUAGAGCUGUUAAAAGUGUACCAUUGAAAAAAAUCAAGAACUUUUAAUUUUUAUGUGAAUAUUGGUAUUAAAAAAAAUCCCGAAUAUCGAAUUUCACUAGGACGUGUUUGGGUUCAUUCUUCUCCGAAUCACGAGUUGAUUCAAUCCCGACGAUACAAAAAUGUGUCCUCAUUUUUUUCCUUUACGUCGCGAUUUUAGUAUGAACAUACUACAGGCGUGAGGUAUUGGAAACUCGAAUUUUGUAUGGAAAAUUUGGGACACAUUUUUUAAUCGUCGGGAUCGAAUCAGCACAUGAUUUUGAGAAGAAUGAGACCAAACACGUCCAGAUCUGGUGAAAUUCGAUAUUCGUUUUUUUAAAACACUCGUUUUCCAUUUCCCAAAUGGAAGUUUUCUAUAUUUUUGCUGAUAUUUCCGAGAUUUUGUUCUACUUGACGGAAACUGCUCGCAACUUCUUGACGGUGGCCCUGUACUGGUUUAAAAGGGCUGUAAGUUUUAUAAGGAAAAGUUAUGUUUUAUAAAUAUGAAAUGGCUCAAAUAUGAAAUGAGAGUUACUACUCGUGUUUAGUGUUUUCUGUUGUUAAGUCGUUAGGUCUCAUUAUUAAGCAAGCCGAUGUAGCUUAGUCACAGUAGAUAACCCUUUGCCCGCGAAAGACGUCAACUAACUGGACUGCGCGGGUUCAGCCUAAUAUCAACCUUCGUGCAUUCCGAUAAUGUUCACAAUAAGGCGUGGCAUUCAAAGUGUUGAAGAAAGGUCUCAAGUGCUUUUGGGCUCAAAUGUAAUCGAAUUUUUUUGUAGUUAUUUUAUAAUACUUUUUGUUUGUAUUUUA